AUGACAAUUUACAACAAUUUAGCUACGAGCACCUCGCUCCUGCUUAUCGGUAACUUCUACUCGGAAGUCGUGCUCAUACUGCGAUGCAGCGAAUUUACAUUGCAUUCGGCACUCGUCUUGGCCAUCUACCAGGAGUUGAUUGAUGCUGCCACGAGUGUUAUUUCGGAGCUAGAGAGUAUACAUUUUAAGAUUUGGUCUCAACGCCGUGUGCCCCUCAAACGCAUCGCCACUUUACAACAGUUGCAUCUACUGCUCUGGAAGACUCAACGCGACAUCGAGCGCAACUUUGAACGAAGUCUCGUCAUGGUGCUGCUGAAAUAUUUUAUAGAUAUUUCAGUACUUCCAUACUGGGCGUAUCUGAACCGAAUAUAUGUAGACAAUUUUCCAAUGCAGAUCUGGUGUACAACUGAGGAAAGCGGAAAACUUUUAGAGAUCUGUAUUCCCUGUUGGAUUUGUACGCGUUGCGAUCAUCUGCAGCGCAAGUUUCGAUCUCUUUUUCAUGGUAUAUCAGUGGAUCGUCGCAAUGAGCAGCUAAAUACCGCCUUGCUUAGAAUUUCGGCUCAACUUGGACAAGAAACCUGUCAGCUAAGAGUUGGCGGUUUGGUAAAGAUCAACAAUGAAAUGUUAGGCAAGUUCCUGUUCGGCGUGGUGAGCUAUAUUUUUAUUUGCGUACAGUUUCGUAUUACAUACAACCUAAAGGUCUUGGAGGGAGAAAGUGAAGUGACCGCUGCUUUGAUUCUACUUAAACAAAAUCACACAAUCUGA